GCUCCUUCAUUUGCGCAUGCGUCAACGAUUCACCGGGUACACAAUGGAGUCGGACUUUCAUAGAGAGGACUGACUCGUACAUUAGGAUCUUCGACGCACACUGAAGCAGAAGUGUAACAUAAUACAGUCACCUCUUUGUUUCAGAGACUCGUGGCGAUGACACCACCCAAAGACGACUUCACCUGAGACCGAGAGAGUGUUGAGAGAGUGUUGACCUCACCUGCGGUGGUGCUGUGUAUCAGUGCGGCUGUCUUCUUUCUGGUCCUCUGCUAUAUAUCCAUGUCUUUGUGUGUCAGGGCUGUGGAAUAGAAACCGGCCGAUACAGUGGAGGAAAAUGUCUGAGGUUAACAAAGGAAAGCGAAAGGAGAAGUGUGAGAACUGCACCAAACAGUGCAACAAGAAACAGAGUGAAGAUGGAGCCGACUCUCACGAGGAGGGCGACGACAUCAACGGACAGGUGCACGAAGGACCUCAGCUCUUGCUAAGUGCGUGCCUGUCCUGUGACGGCUGUCUAUCAGAGGAGGAGAGUCUGAAAAUCUCUCAGCAGAGCCUGGAGGAAGUGGAGCGGGUUCUGGCACUCAAUAAGAAGUGUGACGUGUCCAAGCACAAGGUGUUGGUAGCGUCUGUGUGCCCACAGUCUCUGCCGUUCUUCGCGGUGAAGUUCGGUCUGGACAUUACAGAGGCUGCCCAGAAACUCUGUGGCUUCCUGAAGAGUUUAGGAGUGCAGUAUGUGUUCGACACCACGCUGGCGGCCGGCUUCAGCAUCUUAGAGAGUCAGAAGGAGUUUAUUCAGAGGUAUCGCAGGAGGCACCACGACUCCAACGCUUUGCCCAUGUUCACCUCUUCCUGCCCAGGUUGGAUCCGUUAUUCAGAGCGUGUCCUGGGCAGUUUGGUCACUCCUCACAUCGGCACAGCCAGGUCACCUCAGCAGAUCAUGGGAUGUCUGGUCAAGGACUACUUCUCCAAACAGCAGAAGCUGAGUCCAGAGAAAGUCUACCAUGUGCUGGUGGCCCCCUGCUUUGAUAAGAAGUUUGAGGCUGUUAGGGACGAGUUCUAUAACAGCCUGCUGGAGACCAGAGAUGUGGACUGUGUGCUCACAUCAGGGGAGAUCUAUUACCUCAUGGAGCAGAGGAAGGUUUCAGUGGAAGAGCUGGACUCAGUUCCUCUGGACCACGUGCUGGGUGAGGUUGGGGACCUGGCACCAGUGAGACACGAGGGCCGAGGAUCUGAGGGCUUCCUGGAGCACAUCUUCAAACAUGCUGCCAAAGAGCUCUUUGGCCUGGAGGUUCAAGAGAUCACAUACAAAACCCUCAGGAACAGGGACUUCCAGGAGGUGACUCUGGAGCGGGACGGGGAAACUCUGCUGCAGUUUGCGGCGGUCUAUGGUUUUAGAAACAUCCAGACUCUGGUUCACCGGAUGAGAAAAGGACGGGUGCCUUAUCAGCUGGUGGAGGUGCUUUCCUGCCCAGGAGGGUGUCUGAGCGGCCGUGGUCAGGCAGAGAGCGACGUCGUUGGUCGGGUGGAUAAAAAUCUGGUGCAGCAGAUGGAAGAGGCCUACAGCAGCCUCCCAGUCUGUCUCCCGGAGGUCAACCCUGCUCUGCACACCCUCUAUCAAGACUGGCUGCAGGGCCAGGACUCCCCGCAGGCCAGCGCCCUCCUGCACACCCAGUACAGAAAUGAGAGUCAGGUCCACACACAGCCUCCCCACAUGCAGUGGUGAGGAGGAAGUGUGUGUUUCACUUUCCAGACAGAGAGGAGGCUGAAUGAAGGCUGCCUCUGGUGGGUUGGACCAUCACAUCCGUCAUGCUGGGACCACAUAGACGAGCCGAGGACCAGUGGAGUCUCGACAAGUGCAGUUUUUCUGUUCAGCCACAGGAGGGAGAUGUGUACCCUGUUCUACCUGAGACUGAGAGGCUGAAGAGUCCGGAAGAACAAGCACUUCCUGGAUGAUGUAGUGAUGUCAGAAAGCUGCUGUCAGACUUUAGUUUCAACAUCCCAAAUCCACCAGCUUCUCUGAGGAGAUCUGAGGGGAGAGAGUCUGUUGCAGGUCUUCACUUUAAUGUCAGUCCUUGGACAAAGCAAUAAGAAAACAACUACAAUGCUUUUAGCACAACUAGAGCUCGUGUGCUGCACGUCAGAAUGCAGAAUUUACAUUUCAGGAUUUUAAUUUAUUCCAAAUGUUGUCUUACUUUGAGUUUUUCUCCACUGUUCCAAUGUCGUCAAGCACAUUGAUCACUAUGCAACAGUGUGAUGGUCUUAUCUCAUCAGGCGGAUUCAGAAGAGAGAACAUGCUGCUCUGCGAGUCAGGAGGAGAGAUGCCUUUUAACAGCACUUCAUAACUGGGCAGGUCUCUGCUCAGCGUUUGGUUUAUCCAUCCUAAUAAAGAAGAAUCAUAGCCUCUAUUUUUUUAAUGGUACGAGAUCAUUUCACUUUCUUUUCAUUCCACAGAUCAGUGAUUUUAAGUUGGAUGUUGUUCUUGUUUGUUUAAAGAAAUCAAACAUAAAUGUUAAGCAGCAAAA